AUGGCAUCCCACGGCGACUACGAAGACGGCGAGAUCUUAGAGGAGGGAGAGGACGUGCCGAAGUCCCCCUCUUCGACUGUGCAAUGUCCUGCACCCGCUGUACCGUCUGCGAGCUUACCGCUGCUCCCCACUCCCAGUAGCUCCUCCCGCAAGCGUCUCCACUCGUCGAUGAUACCGAACGCAAGAGCUUCCGUCUCAACGUCUGUCUUUGACUCACGCCCGUCGUUGUGCCAUCGCCAGGCCACGCGAUACCGUCCUGCGCCAUCGAGUGGAUACACCAACGACCGCAGGAAGAGUGACGAUUCGCAAGACACAGACCGUCGCGCGUAUACUGAAGACUUAAUUGUGAAAUACCCGAGACAAGAGCCGCGCAGCCACGUGAUGCUGAACUUUGCCACGUGGAUGGCCGCUGCUUACAGCAGAAAGCGGCUGGAUAUUGAGGACGUGCAGCAGCUCGUGCUCCAGGUGCUGAGAGGCGGCAGCAAGAAAGAAGAAGGUCUUGUGAGCCCAUUUUUACUGCCGUCGUUGAUGCCUGGAGCACCGCUGCCUGACAAAGUCUGUAUCGUGCUGCUCGAGAAGCUGCAUCCAUCGGUGGUGCAGAAAUAUCGAGCCAAGCUGAGCUUUUUCGAUGGAUGUUCGAGUGUUCCGGUAAUGCUGGCGAAGCAGGAGCUGAACCAAGUGCGGAGGGUCGAAGCGCCCGUGCCAGAACUUGUGUACAAGUUUCCAAGACCAACGGUCGACACGCGUGAACUAUCGAUGGAUGAACUGUUCUAUGCACACGAGCUGACGUUUUUGAUGAAGCACUCGGCUGGGUAUACGGAUGAAUUGGUACUCUCGCCUAUCGGCACGUUUAUACGUAAAACGCAGCCUCUCGGAGGCACGUGGGAGCUUGAUGGCGACUUGUUGCAUUUAAAAUGGAGACAGCCCACGACAAAAGUAGCUUCUGGGGCUGACAAGGAUACGGUAACAACCCACGACACUGGCAUCGAAGAAGAAGACGCCGAUGCGUACACGCUUGAUGUGCUUGUAAGUCAGGAUGCCAGUAUGCACGAAUUUCGUACAGAUUCAGUGACGGAUAAGGUCUACGCGCACAAGGUGCCGGAACAUUUGGCCAAAAGGCGUCGUGUGAACGAAAAGCCGCGCUCUAUCUGGCUAUCUCUCGCUAAAGCGAUCUCUGUAGGCGUUCCCCGCUCGGCCGACGGAACGGUGAUCCGACAUGAUCGAGUGCAGGCAAAUGGCUCAUCAAAGCAUCAGCAUGAUUCCACUGUAGCUGAUGAAAAUGGUGGUACCGCAAAGAGUGACAACGAAGAGUUGAAUCGCGAGGCAUUUGACUUUUAUCUGCUUUCGCUCGAAGAAUUGAAGCAGCAUGGGUACCCGACCGACGUGGAGGAGGAACAGCGUCAACUCAUGGAAGCUACGAACGGGAAUACGCGCGAUACGUUUGUGGCUACAGCUGCUCGAUCUACAAUUGCAGAAGAAGAUUCUGUCUCUGCCUCAGGCGACGACGAUGAAGGAUCGGCGGUAGAUUUGGGCGAGACAUCAGCAAGUGAGUCCGCAGAUGGAUGCUUUAUUUAUGCGCUGGACUGUGAAAUGUGCGAGACGGACAUCGGUAUGGAACUUACGCGUGUAACGGUUGUUGACAUUAAGGGUGCUGUUGUGUACGAUCGGCUGAUCAAGCCUCAAAGCACGAUUAUUAAUUACCACACGGCAUUCAGUGGAAUAUCAGCAGAGACCUUGCAGGACACGAGUUACAUUGUGGCUGAUGUCCAGCGGGACCUGACGACAAAAUUUUUGAGUAAGGAUACAAUCCUUGUGGGCCAUUCGCUGACAAGUGAUCUGCGUGCUUUGCGCUUGGUGCAUCUGAAGAUCGCUGACACGUCCAUCUUGUUCCCUCAUCAACGCGGCUUUCCGUUUCGCACUUCGCUGAAAUACUUGACGAAGACAUACUUGAAGAAAGAUAUCCAGAUGCAGAUUGAAGCUGGGCACGAUUCGGCUGAGGAUGCCAUUGCGUCGCUGGAGCUGUUGCUCAUGAAGGUUCGUGAAGGGCCCUGGCUUGGCAUUCCUAAGGCAGUGUCUUCGAGCGGUGCUUUUGAUUCGAUUGUGGACAAAGUCUUUGCUCUGGAUAAGAGGAUGGCAAUGCUUCGUUUGCAGAGCGCCAGCAAGAUCGAGACAGCAACAUCAGCUGACAGGGGUGAAAGUUCUGCGCCAGAGCGAAAGCCAUGGGAUUUGUAUGCAAGCGGCGAUUUGAAGGACCGUUCACAGAGCCCGUUUUGUCAUGCUCAGGCGGUAAAGAGUAAGUUUGAUGCGUGCACUUUAGCUUCGUCAACUCCAGCCACAACUUCGGCAGGCGCGCUGUCGAAAGUUGAAUUAUGCUCGUCGUGGGAAGUGCUAAAGACCAGUAUCCGGAACACGUUGGGUGCUGAGCAGCCAGAUCUGUGCUGGGUUGAGAUUGAGCCUUCAAGCGCAAGUGCAGCGCUGUGUAAUGACUUCGUAGACAAGCACGAUCUGUGGAUGGCCGAACAAAAAGUUUACUGCGAGCAGGUCGAUGCAUUCUUGCAGCAACUUUAUGAAGACGCGCUACCGAAAGGCACACUGCUGUUAGCUCUCCCGCAAGGUGAUCUAAGCUUGUUGCGAUAUCUCAAGGGUCUGCGAACACGCUCCAAGUGGCGUGACGCCGCUUCAGGCUGCGAUGAUUUAGCGCCCGAAAAGCUCCACGCUGCGGUGGGCGAUGCGUUUCACGGUGUCAUGGACAGCUGUUUGUUCAUGAAGCAGAAACAGUAG